AUGCACUACGCAAUAAGGACUAUCAAGGAUCCUAGCUCUGUAGUCUCUGGGUCAAAGAUAGAAUAUGAGAAGAAACCGUGUAUUGCCAUAUCAAAGGGGACAACUAUAGAGGUGUAUGGCCUGGACAUGAGGCUUGUGGAUAUCAUAUACCCGAAUGGAUAUGUAACUCUCAUCGCUCCUGUGACAUUUAGAAACUCUAAGAUGUUCCUGAUCGUUUGCAAAGGGGGAGAGUACGCCAUAAUGGAUGGGAAACGAUCCAUUGUGGGUGGCAGAAUGGCGACCGCAUCAGUCUAUACUAGAUGUAUCAGAACCUUAAAAAAUCUUGUGUUCAUUACAAGAAGCGGUAUUGUUAGUGUGGCCACCAUAGGAAACGAUGGACUAAUCUUCGGAGAUGAUGUAAAUGAUUUUGGAUACUACAAGAUCCUCGACUGCUUCUCUGGUAAAAACGACAUUAGUUUUUUACUCGAGGACAUCUCUGGAGAUGUGUUCUACUCCAGAUAUCUGAUGGCGUCUAGUAAGCCCAGGAUGAUUCUGAAAGAAAAGACUCUCCUCAAGAAAGGACUUGUGUUUGCAAGGCCUAUAAGUGAUGGAUUGCUUCUUGUAGGUCGAGGGAAAGCUUAUUACUAUGCAAGAGGGAAGUUUGUGCUUGAAAGUGAAUUUGCAAAUCCUGGAGUCAAGAACAGCGUAGCGGCGGAAGGAGGCAUUUUGCUUUCGAUGGAGGAUGGGGAAGUCAUACGGGUUUCUUUGGAAAAGAGGAUUCCUUUUGGUGGUGGAGCUUACAGUAACGAAGACAUACACGAAGAGAAUUUAUAUCUCAAGGCUGAGGUUCUAGGCAAUCUUAGAGCUUGGUUCAGUGUGUUACUUCAUCUUGAGGGGGAAAUGUACUAUGGGGGGUCGUGCUCUGGAAAUUCCUACUAUCUGAGAAUAGCAAGGGAGAUUAAGAUUCUGAAAACAUUUGAAAGCAAUCCCUAUCCAUCAUGCUUGUCAUACUCUGGUGCUUCUUUCAGAUAUACCACGAAAAAAUCUGUCAAGAAAAUCACAUAUGCAGUUGACCUCAUAGCAGAGCCAAAAUACAAUCUCGAAGGGGUUGUUCAAAGGUUUGGGAUGGCAGAUGGUGCCCUAAUUGUGUCAUAUCCCAAUGAAGGGAAAGCUCUUGGAGGAUCCAUGGACGGGAGAAGCUUCGAUGAGAUCCUAAAUAUACAUGCCGACAAUUACUGCUGCUUCAACACCAGGAGCCAUGUGUUUUGCUUGAGAGAGAAAAAUGUCACAGGAUUGGAAAUAAGGGACAUAGUCCUGUCUUCAUUCUAUCAAGGCUUAUGCGCUGUGUUCACAAGAGACAGAUUCCUCAAAAUGAUAUGUCUUGAAACAAUGGAAUGCAUCAGGUCUGUUGAAUGCCCGUAUGAGGUUAGUCUCCUCCACCUCAGCAGCUGCCUGUUUAUAUCUACAUACUAUGAUGAGCUCGUUAUCAUGGACAAGCUUCUCCGAGUUUUACAUAAAAGAAGGCAAAGGGUUCUAAAAUCGGCAUCUGUUGUGGGCAAUAGACUUUUCUUCAGUGAUAUGUAUGGAGUAGGGUAUGAAGCCAUAUGUAAAAAAGAAUUUAAGGCAGGCCUCGAUGGUGUUUCAUCGGCACUAAAGAAACUUGAAGAAGAAGACAAGUGGGAACUUUUAGAUAUCAAGCCUUCGUUUUUUUCGGACUGCAUGGUUGAGAUUAUGGUUCCUGUCGGAAGACACAUAAUGGGAAUAGGUAGGUCUACCGUAUUUGUGGAUACCCAGGACUUCUCAUGCUAUAGAUGUUCUCUCGAGGGAAUAUCCUAUGGUUUUAUGGCAGACCAGCUAUAUGUUUCUAUAGGAAAGUCCAUCUAUAAAUGCCAUCUAGAACCCAUUCCAAAGAUAAAGAUCUCCACAGAGGACAGACUGCAAGGGGCAGAACCUGGAAGAACAUAUGUUCUAAAGUUUUCUGUCACAAGCCAGGGAAAAGAGAUCAUUGGGAUGGUGAACCCGGUUCUCAGCAUUGAUAACGAAGCAGUCAUUAAUUCACACCUUACACUGAAAACAGGAGGUCAUGCAUACAACUUGCUCCUUCAGGACGAGAUAUUAAUGGACGGGAGGUUUCUAACAAAGCACUACUUUGCCACUGUAAGCAACCUCUCAGGUGAAGGCAACCUUUCAAAGCUCUCUAUGUUCUCCAUAAAAGACAGUGCCAUCAAGCUAAUCUACGAAAGCACGGAUGAAGGUGUUGUGUAUGCACUGGAUGCCAGCGAAGACUAUUUAGUGACACAUAGAGGCCAUACUGUAUAUGUAUAUAAGAGGCAAGCCCAAAUUCUUGUGGAACUAUGUGUAAUGAGGAUAGAUUUUACUCCGUACAAGAUAACCAUGCAUAGAGAUAGGAUUGCUUGCUCGUGUCUCUACAGAUCCUUUGGAGUCUUUAAAUUUAACCAGGAAACCAACCAUCUGUCCUUGGACUUUCUUUCCAGCAGUAAGGAUCAAGUGGAGUCCAUGGUGUUUGGCCUAGGAGGUCUUAUAGUGGCAACUACAAAUGGAAAGAUUCUGUUUCUGAACAAGGACUACAACAUAGAGACUUUUUCCAUCGAGGAUAGAGUAACAAGCAUGUGCUCGGGAACCCUAUCAUUGCAACGAUCUAAUACCAUUUAUUUCACAACAAAAAAUGGCAGUGUAGGGAUACUAAUACCCCUUAACCUUAACAAAAAAGACCUUGAAGCUUUGCUAGAUUUAGAAAGAUAUGCCAAUGAGCUGGCGCCUUUCCACCAGGACAAGACAUCCAAUGUCAUAGACAUUACCAUGGUAAACAAUAUGAGCAACGCCGAUUUAGAGAGUUUUAUUUCUACUAGAAAGUAUGAUAGAGACAGAUUAGUUGCCAUACUGAGUGAGAUCAACUCUUUGUACUAG